CCAUUUUCUGCAGGACGUGGGCUCAGGGGCCGGGCCACCUUGGAAUAUGAAUCUGGACUUUUGUCGAAAGGCGAGCCAAUACGGGACUAUUGGGGAGGAGCCGACAAAUCGAGAAUCAUGUGAACGACCAUUUUGUUACCGAUGGGGAGAAGUUAGGCUAACAGAGUGUUCCACUACUUGCGGUCCGGGAAUUCGAUCGGCUACCGUUCCCUGUGAACGCAUCACCUUAGACCUUGUAUCAAAAUCGACGGAGCGGAACCAAAUUUCCAACACUCACGUGUAUCGAGUGGAACAAACCGUACCGGAAGAGUGCCACAGCAACCUGGGCUACAGUCCACGUAUUUUUCUGGCAGAAAACAACCAGACAAUCCACGUCGAAACUGCGGAAAGACCAUUCGGAGAACAAAGAGGAACUGAGCUAACCCAAAUGUUCGCAAACAACGUCGUGCAACUCCCAUGCACAAACAAGCCGUGUGCAGUGAGCAUUCCAGUGUGGCAUACAACCAGUUGGGAUGAAUGUUCAGUUACUUGUGGAGGAGGUGUGCGCCGGAGACAAGUCCUGUGCAUGUUGGAGACUCAUCACCGGACGACGGACGAAACGAAGGGACGCACAGAUUACCAUCUUCGUCAGAACACAAACGUCGUCGUGGCCGACCAGAUUAAAGCGGAAGUUGCUGAUCCUCAGCGAUGUCAUGAUGCAGGAUUACCGAGGCCUUCAGAUACGGAGACUUGCAACGCAUCUCCCUGUCCAGAGUGGAUGGCAGACAAUUGGGGACCCUGUGAUGGAAUUUGUGAAUAUGGUGUCCAACAUAGGCAUGUUCGAUGCGUUUUGGAUGCGUAUACCUCUCCGCCAGCCAGCACAAACCCAUCGGUAGAGCGAUCUCACACUCUACUAUUCGCCGGAUCUCAUGGGUCUUAUUCCACCAGGACACAUCGGUCUGUGCAACAGUUUAGAGAGGUUAAUUCCGAAUUAUGUGAGGCCGUCUCCGCAAAACCAAGCACCAAGCGAUUGUGCCUGAUAACCAGUGGCUGUCCAUUUUGGUUUUACGGCGAGUGGUCUCCGUGUUCCGUACAUUGUGGAGUUGGGCAACGCGUACGAAAAGUUGACUGUCGUUUCCCCAACGGCACACUGGUUCACGAUUCACAGUCUUCUUGGAGUAAGCGAAAUGGGAAGCACACAGUCCAUCAUGGUGUCACACUGGAUUCAAUUAUCCAGUUUGUCGAAACAAAUUCCAAAAUACCAUCUUGUCUGGCUCCUCCCCCUGUGGAAGAAAUGUCCUGUAAAACGCGACCAUGCACUGGAAGCCAACCAUUUUGGUGGCCUGUAAUGGUGUCAGAGUGCGACAGUAGAACGUGUGAUAUUGGCAGACGAAGUCGUGUGGUCAAGUGCUUAAGUUCAUCCCACGGACAACUUUCGGAAUCGUCGUGCCAGCACAUAACUCAUCCGACCACUUGGACACCUUGCGUUCCUUUCAAAUGCAUGAAAUUUCAUUGGAGCGCAGAUCCAUGGAGUUCGUGUCCUCGAGGAUGCGGUAUUCGAACACGGUAUCGCCGAGUUCGUUGUGUCGAUCCGUUUGGUGAGGAGUACUCUGAUUCCUUGUGUCAGGCACAUUUGAAGCCUAAGAACUGGGAUUUGUGCCCAGACCGAUGCAUGAGUGUUCCUCGAAGUUGUUCGGAAAUUCGGAAGCUUCAUACAAAUCCCAAAGAUGGCACAUUCCAAAUUUUCAUCGGGAUCGUCCCAACAUCCAUAUUCUGUGCGGAUAUGGAUACCUCAAACCCUAAAGAAUACGUGGUGCUUCAACGAGUGAACUACGCGCGAACUGGGGCUUUCAUGUCACCCUCGGCUUCAUCUCCCUGGUGUCCUUCAGCUAGCAACACAAACUCACUGAGCUCCUCAAGAAACCUUCAUCUUCCUGCAGAAGUACCCAUUACAAUCGAUACGACCAAUCUCACCGAAUUUGAGGGGGUGUUUCACAGGAAGGUUACCACUGCGAACUGUCCAAAUUGUGACUACUUGCCCCAUCUAUCGAGCGUCACGUACUAUCAAAAGAUACGCUUGGAUGUCCGGGCGUUGAAAGUAGACGUCGAGGAUACUCGGUUCGCCUACACGAUUGGACCAACUAGUGUUCCGUACGCAACAGCAAAAGAUUGCUUUGGGUCUUCCUCAUGUCCGCAGGGUGAAUUCCAAAUUGACCUCAGAGGAACUGGUCUGCGUGUCAGCGUCAAAACACAUUGGGCUCAAAGUUCACCUGACUCCGUUUCCCACAUACAUCGAUCCGAGAAAGGACAGUUAGUCACUGGUCAUUGUGGUGGUUACUGUUCCGGGUGUUGGCCACGACCGGAUCUGAUCCUGGACGUUGUGGAUGACAUGUCAAGAUAGAUGUUAUUUGCCGCAGUGCACAUCCUCCGCCAGAGCGUCUACUCUCCGCCUGAUACGAAAAGGAAAUAAUGUACCCAUACAGUAGAUGAUGGGAAAAUCCUUGCAACCCUGAAGCUGACAAUGUGUCAACGUGACAAAUAAUACCCACUCACUGUUCCUCCAAUCCCAUCCAGCUUCCAACAAUACAGCCAAUCAGGAGGAUACAGGCUCUAUGGCGUUGCUACAAUCAUUACCUAGAGCCCUACUUAUUGUAUUAAAAAGAACAUGAAAGCGAGGUUGAUGAAUUCCGGCCCCCCAUCUUUAGUUUGUUACUACCUAGGAUAAGUGAGAUAGAUGUGAAUGAAAACCAAAACAAUGUACUUCUAUUUCUGAUUUAGUAAUAUUCUAUUUAGCCGGCUGGGAAUACUGGCGUUUCUUGCCUUACACUCCACUCCAAACUGUUAUCUACCGGAAACUUUCAGGUAAACAAGAGACGAAAAACCCACCACUGGAUUCAUGUUUGGUUUAUCAUGCGAAGUAUGCAAGUGAACAUUUUUUACCUCUGAGCGUGUACUAUAAAUUUUCAAUUGUCGGUCCAAAUCCUUUCUCUUCCACACGAUGCAGCUGCUGUUCUUCCAAUCUACGAAUUCAUCCUGCCCCGAGACAAUCUGUGUUCUGGUGUAAAUUUUAUGAGACAAUUUUCUAGGAAAUCUAUCUAGGUAUUGCUUUUUGUAGUACGUGGUCGUUCCCUUACAACGCACUUGAGCUGGUGGAAAGUCUGAUGACAGUUUGGUGAAAACCUC